AUGUAUGUAAAUUCACUUUUUUUUUUUUUUUUUUUUUGCUCUACUCGAAAGGUGCCCAUUUUUUGCUUUAUUUGUUUCUGCGCCCAUCGCCAAAGUCAAAGAAAAAAGAGGGUCAAUUAUUACAUUAUGAUGGCCAACAUGAUGACUCGGCUGGAUGCCAGUGUAUUCCCGCCAAGGAAGCCCGGGCAAACAGACGGUGAUCUUCGAAAAGAACUCAAUGAACGCAAAGCACCACGUGAUUCGACGAUUCUUACCCGAACCGAGUUGGACAUUGUGCGUAGUAUGAUCGCGGGGAAGAAUGUCAUGACGUUUCCCCUCCAAAGCACUGUGCGAACCCGCACCGCUGCCGCCAAUGAGCGAAAGCAGCGCAUGCAGGAAUACGAUGCCCUACAUCGUCUGCAUGGUGACAAUGACAAGACGCUUGAAGACAUUGAGGAGGAGCAGCAGAAGCGACUUCACUUGGAGCGGGCCAAGAACCUCAUUGACGAGCAGUUUGAAGAGGUGAGAGCCAUGAAUCAAAUUGUAAUGGAGGCAAAGUGUGUUGCCAUCCGCAAUGCACAGCUGAUGGAGAAGAAGCGCUGCAAAGAGGAGGAAAGGGCGCAGGAGGAGGAGCUGGACCAGAUGAUGUUGUUUGAGUCCAAGAAGGCACAGCAGCUGUACGAGGAACGUGAGCGACAACAGAUAGAAGGUCGCAAGAAGAACUUGGCGGUCAUUAAGGCGCAGCUGGACGAGCGGGAGGUUGACCGAAUUCGAAAGCUCGAGGCCCACCAACAGGAACAGGAGGCGAUGACGCGCCAUAUUGAACGUCUGCGGGAGGAAGAAGCGGCGGAGAAAUUACGCCGACAGGAAGCCGCACGUCGUCUGAUGGAGGACGCCGCACUUGCCAACGCGGAGCAGAUCAAACUGAAGAAGCGGCAGCAGGAACUGGAAUUGGAAGAAGACAAGCGUGUAGCGCAAUACAUCAAAGAGAAGGAGGAGCGUGAACGUCGCUUCGCGGAGGAGCAGCAGCGUAUACGGGAAGAAAAGGAGCGGGAAGUUGCCAGACUUCGGGCGCAGCAACAGCGGGUGCAGGACAAACAGGCCGAGCUUGACGAAGUUCGAGCCAAACGUAUACAAGAGACACACGCGCGGGAGAUGCGACGUAAAGAAAAGGAGCGAAAGGAACACGAACGAGCCGUCUUGCAGGAUUUGGCCCGUGUCCGCGAACAACAGAUGGAGGAGCGCAAACGCAUCAAGGAGGAACAACGGCAGCAAGAGAUAGAGGAACUUGAGCACAUCGUCGCUGUACAAAAACUUGCGCUUGAGCAGGAGCGUGAGCGCAAGGCGCGCGCACGUCAGCAACAUGAAGAGAAUUCUUUGGCGGUGCUUAAGCAGAUCAUGGAGGUGGAAGAGCGUCGUCGCCGCGAGCGCCAAGAGUACGUUGCGGAGGGAAAUCAUGUCAUGAUGCUGAUGCGGGAUCGUGAGGCGGCGAUUGAGGCCAUUCGUCAGCGAAAGCUUGCGGAGUUAGGGGAACUCGGCGUGCCCGAAGAGUACUGCCAGGCGCUAAUGAAGAAAAUCAAAGUGCGGGGUGCAGUAUGA